CUUUCACAUUUCGCUUCCGCCCGAGAGUAUGUCUCUAAGCGGUCUCAACUCUGUCUCUGUGCUUUCCGCUGUUUGAUUUGCCAAGAAACGAAAGUGCCAGCAAAAACACAAAGCAGUAUGGCUGCUGCGUCAAAUCUUUCUCCUGUGAAGCAAAUGGAGACGCUGUUAGAGUGUUCUAUUUGCAAUGAAACUCUAACUCAACCACGAACAUUGUCAUGCUUCCAUUCGUAUUGCAAACACUGUUUGGAGAAUUUUGUUGCGACUCACCGCAAGAAAGCAGUCAAAGAGAAAGCCAAGGUACCAGAGGUCUUUGAAUGUCCUUUAUGCCGAACCGAGUUUCACAUCAAAAAAGGAGAAAGCGUCGAGAAAAUUCCGUCAAAUCACUUUAUCAAUAACAUGCUGGAAUUACUUACUCUACAGCAGCAAGUCCACCAUAUUAAUUGCCAGUCAUGUAAAGCCAAAGAUCCUGCCGCCAGUAGAUGUAUAUCAUGUGAGAGCUAUCUGUGUGAAAAAUGUCUAGAAGUCCACAACAACUGGCUUGCCUUUGAAGACCAUGUCGUGUUGACCUUGGAAGAAUUAGCAAAGCCAGAAAAUCGAGCGAAAGCAAGAGACAAACCUCGUUGUGAGAAACACAAUAAAGUUCUCAAGUUUUAUUGCGAAACAUGCAAUGUCCUUCUUUGUCGAUACUGCGUGGACGUCAAUCACGCACGUUUGGAACAUUUGUGGUUCCCUUUGGCAGACGUUGUGUUAAAGCACAAAGAAGUGUUGAUGAAAUCGUCUGCUAUCUUCGAGCGGCAAAUGAACAAGGCUCUACAAAACAAUCAGAAGAUAGAACACGUUAUGGAAGCCUUAAACAAUAACACAAUGAAAGCCAAAGACGCCAUCAUACAACAACAACAGGAUAUCCUGAAUGUUCUUACCAAGAAAGUCGAGGAGAGAACGGCAAUCUUGCUUGACCAAAUCGACACGAAAUACAACGAAGCUAGCAAACCCCUGAUGAAACAACAAGCUGACAUGAAAGCCUAUUUUCAAAAGGCGAAAAGCUCGCUGGAUUUUGCCAAGAAUAUCAUCUCCAAUGGAAGCGACGAAGAAAUCCUCUUGCUUAAAAACGAAGUUGAAGAAAAAGCAAUAAAUAUUGGGAAAGAACUACCAGAACAAAUGGAUCCAGUUCACAACGGCUCCAUUAGAUAUCAAGCAAAACCAAGCAAAGGUGUCCUCGAGCAUGUUACGUUGCAUGACUUGGGAAGAAUUGGUAUGUAUAGACAUUACGACAAUUUUAAUUACCAUGCAUAUACUAACUAGUUUCCGUG